AUGGCAAAAAUUGCCUGCUUGUUAUAUUCUCUCUAUGAAGGAAUCGAUUUCUAUACCUCCAUUACACGUGCCCGAUUUGAAGAAUUGAAUGCUGAUCUGUUCCGUGGAACCCUGGACCCUGUAGAGAAGGCCCUUCGAGAUGCCAAACUAGACAAGUCACAGAUUCAUGAUAUUGUCCUGGUUGGUGGUUCUACUUGCAUUCCCAAGGUUCAGAAGCUUCUCCAAGACUUUUUCAAUGGAAAAGAACUGAAUAAGAGCAUCAACCCUGAUGAAGCUGUUGCUUAUGGUGCAGCUGUCCAGGCCACCAUCCUCUCUGGAGACAAGUUUGAAAAUGUUCAAGAUUUGCUGCUCUUGGAUGUCACUGUUCUUUCCCUUGGUAUUGAAACUGCUGUUGGAGUCAUGACUGUCCUCAUCAAGCAUAAUACUACCAUUCCUACCAAGCAGACACAGACCUUCACUACCUAUUCCGACAACCAGCCUGGUGUGCUUAUUUAGGUUUAUGAAGGUGAGCGUGCCAUGACCAAGGAUAACAACCUGAUUGGCAAGUUUGAACUCACAGGCAUACUUCCUGCACCCCAAGGUGUUCCUCAGAUUGAAGUCACUUUUGACAUUGAUGCCAAUGGCAUCCUCAAUGUGUCUGCUGUGGACAAGAGUACAGGAAAAGAGAACAAGAUUACUAUCACUAAUGAUAGUACUGUAGCAAUGAUAAUGCUGUAG